AGAACUGUCUGGACAGGACAUUCAUACGUCUACCAAACAACACCUUCCAAAGACCAAAGAAGAUGGCAAGAUUUGCAGGAACACAGGAGAAAGAUUUAAGGAUUGUGCUGUUGGGGAGAACUGGAGAUGGAAAAAGCAGCACCGGGAACACAAUACUUGGUGAAGAUGUUUUCACUGCCUCUAAUGCAUCCGUUUCCGUAACUUCUGAAUGUAAAUCAGAAACCAGAGAGAGAAAUCACUGCAGGACAAUCACUGUUACCGACACACCUGGACUUUUUAACACCAUGCUAAGUGAGGAAAUCAUGAAAAAAGAAAUACUGAGAUGCAUGAUUGAAUGUGCUCCAGGACCCCGUGCUUUCAUGGUUGUUUUAAGAGUUACAAGAAUUACAGAACGAGAACAAAAUGUACUGAAGUACCUGAGUGAAUUGUUUGGAGAAGAAACUCUAAGAUAUUCAAUCAUUGUCUUUACUCACGGUGAUCAACUUGAUUCCGGUAAAACUAUUAAUGAUUUUGUUGAAGAUAACAGGGAACUGAAGAGGUUUGUUGAGAAAUGUGGAGGUGGCUGUCAUGUCAUUGAUAAUAAAUACUGGAAGAACAGUCAGGACAACUACAGGAACAACACAGUUCAGGUUGAGAAUAUAAUCAGAAGUGUAGAAGAUAUUAUGAGGAGAAAUGGAGGAGGCUUCACUGAUGAAAUGCUGCAGAGAUAUAUACGGGAGGUAGAGCAAAAACCAACAGUGCUCCAGACUCUUAUAAACUAUACUAAAACACAAACUAAUUGUAUGCUUAAUGUAGGUUCUGGCCUACUGAAGUCAUUCAGUUUGAAUGCACAAUGAGCCGCCCCAAAGCUUAUUGGUAACAUUUUUAAAUAAGGUUCUAUUUUUUUACGGUAGUAAUGGCAUUAGCUAACAAUGAACAAUUUAGU